CGCAGGGGCCGGGCGGCCCGCGGAGAGCCCGCCACGCGCUGUUUGUUUCCUUUCACUUCCUGCGGCAGCUGCUCAAGAUGAAGAGCGCGGGGCUGGGGCGCAGCGGCCUCGUCUCCUGCAUCUGAGCGCUCACCACCCACCCCGGCCGCCGCCGGGACUUCCCAGCCCCACCUGGGUUUCAGCCAUGAGUGCUUGGUGAAUAAACCGGCGGCGUUGGGAGUCGCGGACCUGAGACCGCGGGAGGUAAUGCUGGCUCGGUUUUGAGUGGCCUGGGGAAAGUGAAGAACCCCCCCACCCCCCAAAAUGGAGGACUUUUCAACCAGGACCUACGGCACCAGUGGCCUGGACAACAGACCUCUGUUUGGAGAGACGUCGGCAAAGGAUCGAAUCAUCAAUUUAGUUGUUGGUGGCUUAACAUCCUUACUGAUUCUAGUAACGCUGAUCAGUGCUUUUGUUUUCCCUCAACUACCUCCAAAACCACUCAAUAUAUUUUUUGCUGUCUGCAUCUCUUUGAGUAGUAUUACUGCCUGCAUACUUAUCUACUGGUACCGACAAGGAGACUUAGAACCGAAAUUUAGAAAUCUAAUUUACUAUAUCUUAUUUUCUAUCAUCAUGUUAUGUAUAUGUGCAAACCUGUACUUCCAUGAUGUGGGAAAAUGAGGCGGCCAAGGAGAAAUACUUAUCAGAUCUCUUCAACACGAUAAUAUUAGGACUGUGAAUAAGAGCUGGAUAAGGUAUGCCGAACAAGCUCCCACAGAAGUCUAAUACAUGAUUUUCAUGUUAAUUGUAAAUCUCAAUUCCCUUUUUCGGGGGGAGACAUAUCACUUUGCUUUUCUUUGAGGACCUAAUGCUGCACUCAAAUAUUCCAAGAGCACAAGUAAUUUUCACUUUUGAAAUGAAAAUUUUUUAUAAUGUUAUUACUGCAUGGCGAAAGGCUAUGUAACAAUCUUGCAUUUUAAGACAAAUAAUCUUUUAUUUCUGUUAAACUGAAUAUACAAUUAUUGUUCCCUAGGCAACCAACUUUUGCUUAUUACUACAAUUUAAUCUCACGUUAACAAAACACAGAUGGUGAAAAGACAACUUUGAUUGUGAAUACCUAAUUACAAUAAUAAAUAAAAUAAUUUAUACAAGGGGUUUUUUUGUGACUUUCUAUAGGGAUCAUAUUCAUUAAAGCCCUAGAGGCUAGUUUUGGCUUAACCUUUUCUAGUAUAGGAAUGACUCUUGAUUUGUUUCCUUUCAUAACAAGUAAAUUUUGUUUAUUUUUUUAAAAUUGCCUGAGAGGGAGAAGUUACAUCCAAUCCCCACCAGCUAAUGCACUAAGUGAACAACAAACUUUGAUACCCUCCUCAACUGUUUUCUGGGCAAUUUAUAUAGCAAAACAUGUAAGAAAUGGUCGUGGUACAGGCACCAUUACCUCCUUUUUCAUUUAGGUUAAUUUUACUUCAAAGUGCUAACUUUGUAAACUGAUGACAGUGGUUCUGGGUGGGGGAAGGGGGUUAUAACUCUACUUAGCUUCUGGUGAAUUCUUUCUGUUACUACUCUCACUGUUACUAUUUUCACUCGUUCCCUUUUAAAGUAAUAAUAAAAAAAAACCUGUAGUGAAUUUUCUUAACUCCUUUAAUGCUUUUCUUUCUACCUAGGCUAAAUGUGCUCCCACUGCCAGCAAUGGGUAAACCAAAAGGAACUGUCACACAAUCACCUCCUAGGUCUCUGUACUGUAUGAUGGUCAAAUCCCAAACUAAUGAUAUUUAAUCUCUUUGGAGAGGUUUACUGGUAAGCUGUGGACCUUGCUGAUCUGACUUCUCUGAAAUAUAAACGGGUCUACUUGAGACUGACUAGGAAGCCAUGUCCGUUCUUUAGGGAUGAAGUACUACUUUUAGAGCAGAGUAAUUAAGCUUUGGUGAUUUUAAACUUUUCUUAGUAGCUGAAGUAAAUAAAAUUUCCUGUGGACAAAUAACACUAAUCAUAGGGAUUUAUGCAGGUAAGACCCCACAUUUUACACUCAACUAUACACUGUCAUAAGACUAGACCUCAGAUGAUAUAUUUAAGGAGGUAAAAAGUCAUAGCAGCAACAAUGUAUGUGGCUUUGUAGCUAUUUAAAAGCCAGAGGAAUGGUAAAUUAAGCCUUUUGGGGUUGCUCCUAUUUCUUUGGAGAUAUAAUUAACAGUGUGGUUUCUCUGCCUGAACUACCCGUUUCUAAGAAGUACCUAAUGACAGUUUACCAAAUCCUCAACAUCCUUAGAGUCUUCUGAAACAGGACUGCCCAAAGAUGAACCAAUGAUAUUUGAUUCUUCCUGAUGAUGUUGGAGUAUGGGAUCUGUAAUGAGUUAAGUUUUAAAUUAGUAUUAAAUGUAUAUAUUCUCUAAUUCAUGUCAAUAUAAGAGAAAGUAUUCCCCUUCCAAAGUGCAAAACUUAACAAGGUAACAUAUCUCUAUUGUUUGAUCAAGCAAGACUAAAACAACUGAAUUAAAUGUCUGGCUGCUUGUUUCCCCCCCUAAAAUCUAUCAGACUCAUGAAGGGGCUGUAUUACAUACCUGUUAGUGUUGUCAAAGGCAAGACAGAUACAGUAUCUAUAACAUCAGAUGCCUGGAUAAAGCCAUGUGGUGAAGGAACGAUCAGUAUAGUUUCAUCAUCAAUUGUUGUUUGAUCAACCCGUUCUUCUAUGGUAGGAGACUCUAAAUCCUAAAAAUAAUUAAGAAAUGAGAAUUUCAUUUCAAAGUCCGCAUAAGCUUUCCUUAAGGUCUCAUGCAUGUAUAGGUUUGAAAGGACUUAACUUUCAAACAUAGAUAAUAUAAAAAUUAGAAUAUAAAGAAAGUUAAGGUCUUAAAAAGUUGACAAAGGUAAUAACCCCAUACUCACAUACAAAGUAUCAUAUAAGAACUAAAAAGAACCAAUUCAGUCAUAGCUCAUAUAAAUAUAUAAGAAACUGCUGUUAUACUGUGAAGUGAGUUUCCUAAAUGAACCACAAUGAUCUGUUCCUAACCACCCUAGGGAAAUGCUUCCAUUGAUUCUACCAAACUUUUCUUAAUCUACUGGAGGUGGCCAAGGAAAGGUUUUAAUGAGGAACUGGUGUUUAACAUAGAGCAGCUCUAUUGGGUUUUGUGCAGGCCAAAUGUAGGGUUUUGUGCUUAGUGUAUCUAAUAAAAAAAAGGAAGGUACAGGAGCAUAUACUAUCAUAAAUCAUUUCUCGGCUCUUUCCUAACUGCAGGUUUGAGGCUUAAGGCAAGAAAUCAUUAGGCCAUGUUCAAGCGCAGUUUACCUCAGUAACAUAAGCAUGGGCUAAAUGAGAGGGUGAUUCCACUUCUUGUUUAAGGUCGGUGUCAGAAAUUUCUUCUUCUGUUCUGACCAUAACAUUAUUCAUCAAUUCUGUGCUGUUUUGGUCACUGAAUUUGGAUACAUGAGCAUCAUUAAAUGAAGGCUCUACAGUCAUCUUAGGCUGAUGAAUUUCAUCCGGGAAAGUGUCUGCUUCUAGUGCAUCUGGAGGCUCAGGAAAAUCAGAGGAGUGAAUAUCCCCAUCUACUGUCAGUUCUGCCUGGGAUAUGGAAGAAGUGAUGUCCUCUGUGGCAACAGUCUGAAUGAUGACUCUUGGGGUGUGACACUGCACGGUGACAUUGUCACUUGUGUUCAACAAAUGUUCUGGCUAUAAAAUAUUAAAGAAAACAAUCAAUGGCAAAAUGAAAAAGUACCUACCAGAUUUAAGCUACCAGAUUUAAUGGCAACAAAUGACAUGUAUAGUGGUACCCUGUUACCUUUCAUACCUCUCACCUCUGAAUGGCAGUAUUCUUAUCACUAUUUUUCUAAAACCCCUGUUCUUUACCCACUGGAACCUUUGAUCUCCUGAUGUCUUUAUUCCCUUACUGUAAGUCCAUGUCAUGUAAAGAGACACAGGGGAUACAGGAUCUAUCCCAAUAGUCAAGGCUGGGUGAUGGUGUGAAACACUGUUCUUGGGACAAAAGCAUUAGGAAAAAUUGUUUAAAGAUAUACAUUACUUUGGGCUCUUAUUUUUGUACCAACUAAUCCUGAUCCCUAACAGGUAUAUAGGUUCUAUCAUAGUAUUAAAAACAAUAAAAAAAAAAAAAAAAACCUGGUAUUCUUGUGACAUACAUCAAUUAGCCAAUCUUCUCUACAGAAACUAGAAAAUGGAAGAUAACAUACAGAUAAAGCAUGAACGAUGAUUUGUUCGGGAGAAGCAGGAGCAGCAGCUGUCAGGGUUACUGUGGGACUGGCUGUCAGAGUUAGGGGAAGGCCUUGGCUCGAGCUUGUUUGGAGUAGGUAGGUGCCUGGAGUGCCAGUUGGCUGUAAGUGGAAAGACUAAAAGAAAGAGAAAAAUAAGAUGAGCACAGGUGCAGCAGAAUGCCUUACUAAAUCUAGUUUUCCAUCCAAAGGGUCCCACAAACACAAUCAUGAUAAAUGCAAACCAGUUAUAAAAUUGUAUUUUUUUAAUUUUUUUUAAUAUAUUGUGGUAACAAUGGUUUAC